AUGAUAGACAUCGAUCAAUACCUGGACUUUGGAUUCCCGGUGGACCAGAUCAAGUUCUUCAUAUGUAUGAUGGCUUCAUACCCAUUUGCUAUGAUCUUGAAACGUCUGCCCAAUGCAAAUAUGAAGCAUAUACUGUCGAUCGUGCUCGGUAUCACUUAUUGCAGCUUCUCACUUGGAGCCUACAGUUGGGUGCACUCGCUGAUCAGCUCGACCGUCGUCUAUAUUUUGGUCAACGUGCUGCCAAGACGUGUGGCGCACAUCUACGUCUUUGUGUUUGCCAUGGGCUACAUGUCCGCCAGCCAUUGGUACCGCAUGUACGUCGACUACAUGGGCUGGACGAUGGAUUUUACCGCGCCACAGAUGGUGCUCACACUCAAGCUGACGUCGUUCGCCUGGAACCUAUAUGAUGGAUCGCGUCCAGUUGCUGAGCUCUCGGCCGACGAGAAGAAGAGAUCCAUCAAGAAGAUCCCAACCCUCCUAGAGUUCUAUGGCUUUGUCUACUACUUCCCAACCUUCCUCGCCGGUCCAACCAUCGAGAUUGGUGACUACCUCCGUUACACAUCCGGUGAGAUGUUUAGUGAAUUCAAAACAAUUCCAAGUUCUGGAUUUGCUGCUUUGAAGACCUUUGUAUUGGGUCUUCUCUGUUUCCCAAUCCUUACUCUAGGCGGUACAUACACUGUUGCAUAUCUCUUCACACCAGAGUUUGCCAUGGAGCCAUUGUACUUGAGAGUGUUCCGCAUGUGGUUCCACAUCGUACUCUCCAGAUUCAAGUACUACUUUGGCUGGUACGUCUCAGAGGGAAGUGCCAUCCUCUCUGGUAUGAGCUACAAUGGUCUCAAGGAUGGAGUUCCAACAUGGGAUCGCCUUACAAACGUCGUUCCACUCAAGGUUGAGUUGGCCUCGAACAUUCGUGAUGUAUCCACUUAUUGGAACAUGGGCACUGCUGAUUGGUUGAAGACAUACGUGUAUUUGAGAUUGGCCCCAGCUGGAACCAAGCCAUCGUUCAAGUCCACUAUUGGCACCUACGCCGUCUCUGCCUUCUGGCACGGAUUCUACCCAGGCUACUACAUCUUCUUUGUGCUCUCUGCCUUCUUGACCGAGGUGGCCAAGGACAUCCGUCGCAAGAUCCGUCCAUACUUUGUCAGCGGACCAAAGGACACACCAAUCCAGCCAUUCAAGCUUGGCUACGAUAUAAUUGGAUCGAUGAUCACCGCUUGGUUCCUCAACUUUUAUGGCGCUUCCUUCCUUAUCCUCAGCUUUGACAAGACUCUUGUGCUCUGGCGCUCGUUCAGCUUCAUGCCACCAAUCAUUCUCGUUGGAUCAUUCUUCAUUCUUAGAUUCUUGGUGCCAACACCAAAGUCACAAAAGGUUGUUACCAAGUAUGCUUGA